AUGAGGUUUACAUCUCCUCGGAUCAGCUUCAAUAUUCUGUUCUUAUUUCUACCCAUCCCAGCACUUGAUACCCCUAUGCAGGUAAAUGGGGUAUUAGGACAAUCCGUCCGUCUGUCCGGCAAUUUGAAUUUGACUUAUGUCGUAGAAGAUGUCAGGUGGCUGUAUAAAAACAGUGGUGGCGGCUCCAUGAUUGCACAAUUCAAGAAUUCCAACGUUGAAAUUUAUGAGGAUCGUUACAGGAAUCGUAUAGAAACAUCUAACGAUGCAACGGAAUUGCUGAUCCGGGAUUUGGGAGAGGGAGACAGCGGAGUUUAUCGCCAAACCAUUCUUUUUGCAAACAAAAAAACACAGGAAUUUUUAUUUAAUCUCACUGUAUACGAGCCAGUUCCUUCCCCGGUCAUAAAGGAUGAAUUGGAGAAGAAGACGGCCGUCUGGUGUAAUCUUACUCUUCGUUGUUCUGUCCCUUUAAACACAUCAGCACUGUCCAUCAGCUGGCUGUGCAGAUACAAAGACUCUGAAUGCUGUAAUCGGACCGCGUGUGAUAAUAAUAACGGCAGCGCAAUCCAGCUCUCUCUGCAGCCCGGGUCGUGGGAUAUGGAAAUUAUGUGUUUGGUCCAAAAUCCUGCGGAUCGGAAAAACGUGUCCUUUCAUACCCGAGAUAUCUGCCUUCCUUCUGAAAACAAAAGCACAAUGAAAGGUCGCAGUUACCAUAUUUGGAUACCCAUCCUUCUUGGGGUUCUUCUGUUGAUGAUAAUCAUUUUUAGCAAAUGGAAACGAAAAAGGAAAGGAAUUCCAGAAAAUAGGGCCGAUCGGGACGUUGAAUAUUUUGAUGUCGAAACCUUUAGGGGAGGAAGAGACCAGAAUGUGGUGGACAAGAGUGAAGAGAAUGCCUCUACUCGUGAAAUAGUUUACUCGAAAUUGCAACACCCAGAGCUGUCCUCAUCAACGUAGCAUACGGGCCCUUUACCCAAAGAGCCACCAUCUGGCCAAACGUUUAAAAUAAAGAGCAUCGGUGGUGGAGAUAACCGACCGGACCAGUGAACCAACACUCUAAGGAAUACAUUUAUUCGAAUUCCCCACUGGGUUUCUUUCUGUACAACAUUGCACUCCCUAUUACGUGUUCCCCACCUGGGUCUUUGUCAGAGUGGUCAAUAAAUUCUAACCUUCUCCACAAUUAACAUUGCCCUUUCAAACUUUGGACCAGUGUUUGAUCUGGUUUCUUUUCGGCCACCAUUUUUGCUUUUUUUUUUUUUUUUUUUUAGGGUGCUUCUGUAUGGAAAGCUUUCCUAAUGACUUAAGUGUCUCAUGAAGGAUAAGUCCAGCUCCUUCCUGUUAUCACCAUCAAUGACCUCCUGAUCAACCCGUCUACCCAGUUUCUCAUACCAUGAUUUCUUUAGUUAGUGUUCCAAAAAUGCUGCAAGACCUUGGUAUUGUCAACCUCGGCCCCAUUCCAAAAUAAAAAAAAAACAAGACCA